AUGGCGUCGAUCGAUGAGCCGCUGGACCUGAUCAAGCUGAGCGUGGCCGAGCGCAUCUACGUCAAGUGCCGCGGAGACCGCGAGCUGCGUGGCGUGCUGCAGGCUUACGACCAGCACCUGAACAUGGUGCUGAGCGACGUGGAGGAGACCAUUACGGUACAGGAGCUGGACCCGGAGACAUACGAGGAGCUUAUCAAGCAGUCCAAACGCACUAUCGAGAUGCUUUUCGUCCGAGGAGAUGUCGUGAUUCUCGUGGCACCACCGCUACGCACUGGUUAAUCGCCCUACAGUCCUCGGAACUCUUAAAGCUGCUUACAGUAUCCAUCUGUCCAUUUCU